UUUAACUGCGUUAAAUUAAUGAACAUAAUCGCUGGAAUCAACAGCAAUUUACAAGUGAUACAGUAAAAUUUCAUGUUUAUGCAACACAACAAUUUUAAUAAAUUUAUUUUGAUUUUAAUAUUAAAAAAAGAUUGAAUUUGAUACCAUUAUUUUAAUUUUAAAGAUUUUGUAAAUAUGUAAUUGUCUAUGUAUAAUAUUCAUGAAAAACAAUACAUUCAUUAUCGACAAUGAGUCAUUUUCGGUAACGUUUAUACUGUGGUCAAAUGUAAUAUACGUCAUAUACCGAAAUAAAGAGAGAGGUUUCAAAUUUUGAAUUGUUGUAACAUGUAAAAUCUUAAAACAUGCUUUAUAAUAUUUAUUAUAUUGUUAUCUAGAAAGAAGGUCAAAAUUAUAUGAAUUGUGCAUAUAGAAUUGCAACACUAUCAACAAUAAGUGAUAGAGUAUUACACUGCAUUAAAUACAAUGGAAAAUGAACACAUUGUAACUGAUGACUAUAGUGAAAUAAUACAACGUCUUCCUUUUUCUCGGAAACUUUUAUAUGGAAUAGGACAUGUUUUGAAUGAUAUUUGUGCUUCUAUGUGGUUUACAUAUUUAUUAGUUUUUUUUCAUUUGGUAUUGGGAUUUAAUUCAAUCUCAGCUGGAAUAAUUUUACUCAUUGGUCAAAUAGCAGAUGCUUUAGCUACUCCUUUUGUUGGUUUUCAUUCUGAUAAGGAUGAUAACCUUGGAUUAUGUAAAUAUGGGAGGAGAAAAACAUGGCAUUUAAUAGGUACCUUAUGCAUAUUAUUUGCAUUUCCUUUUAUAUUUUCACAUUGUAUUGGUUGUGAAACUUCUCAUGAAUGGGCUCAAUUAAUCUAUUAUGCAGCAUUUGUGAUAAUCUUUCAGUUUGGGUGGGCUGCAGUACAAAUAUCUCACUUGUCCCUAGUUCCAGAACUUACACCUUCUGAACAUGAAAGAACAGAACUCAUAGCGAUCAGAUACAGUUUUACUGUUCUCUCAAAUAUUUUUGUUUACUGUAUUACAUGGGCAGUAUUACACGUGACAGAUACUAAUGCUUCCAAUGCCCAAAUUGGGCCCAAUGAUGCAAAGAAAUUCCAGGAAGUUGUAUUUAUUGGAAUUGGAGUAGGAGCUGUAACAUCUAUUUUAUUUCAUAUCUUUGUCAAAGAAAACUUUGUUAAUAAUUCUGAUGGUUCAUUGAAUAGAAAUUCAAGAACAGUAUUAGUACUAUUAAAAGAUGUUCAAUUAUAUCAAGUAGCUUGUAUAUAUAUGCCUACUCGUUUGUUUGUAAACUUAUCACAAAUUUAUAUUCCUUUAUAUUUACAUAAAUCAUUAAAUAUGCCAGCUACAUCUUUGGCUACAAUUCCUUUAAUAAUGUAUUUGAGUAGUUUUGUGAUGUCUUUAAUUAUAGAAAAAUUGAAUACAAAACUGGGUCGGAAAGUUUCAUAUUGUUUUGGAGUUUUCUUAGGUGUAUUUGCUUGUAUUUGGAUACAAUUAGGUACUGGCUUAACAUACACAAAAUAUCAAAUCUAUCCAGUUUCCUUAAUAUUAGGAUCUGCAGGCUCUAUUAUGUUGGUGACUAGCCUUGGUGUUACUGCAGAUUUUAUUGGACAAAAUGUAAAUAGUGGUGCAUUUAUAUAUGGAAUUAUGAGUUUUACAGACAAACUUUGCAAUGGAUUAGCAGUUAUGCUUAUUCAAUAUUUAAGCUCUUGGAUUGAUUGUAAAAAUUACUAUAAAAGUGUUUUAGUUUAUGUUUGUGCUACAUCUGCAAUGGUUGGCUUAUUAAUGAUAUUAUGUAUAAAACCAUUUCAUCACAGUACAGUAUAUAAUACAUUACACUGUGAACAAACUAUAGAACAUGAUAAUGUAUUUAUUACUACAGAAACAAUAGAAAGUGAACCUGACAAUUCAAUAAGUCAAGAAAAUGUUACAUAGUAUAAAAAAGAUAUUUUCUAUAGAGGCUCAAAAAUUAUUGACCCUUCCGUAUAUAUUCUGAUAGUAUUCGACGAGAAAAAUCCAAAUAUGCAGGUUAUGGAUCUAGGAAUCUACUGGUUGAAAAGUUACGCGUAUGUAAAAAACAAGCAUUUCUAGCAUAUUUGACAGGUAAGUAACAAUGGCGCCAUAUUGACUUCUAUCGAUGAUUAGUCCAGUGAGUCGCGGGUUGUAUACAAUGCAUGUUGGUGGCGACCAUUUUGUGGCGGGAUUUUGAAUCGUGAGUAUUGGAUUAGAUUUGGGUUGUUUCAUACUCCGGCCGCUGUAAAAUGGCCAGUUACUUCCAUUAUCUUAAAGUUGGCAGAUAUUACAACAAAAAAAACGCAAGUGAAAAUUGUAACAUGUUAAUUGUGUAAAUAAUGUAUUAAAAUAAUCUGUUUGUACAAAAGAAUAUUGAAAAAUGUGUUAAAAAUUGAAUAUAUCAAUAUAGUACGUAAAUAUAUUUGAAAUGUCUUUAUCAGUAGGUAAGUUACCACGUGAAUAGAAUUCUAACCUUCGAAAAUUUUGGUAAGACAUAAUUACAUAUAUAUAUUUUUAUUUGACAGAAUUAUUAAGACGCCUUAAUUCAGACGAAGAACUUUUACCCAAACGUUUAAAAUUAGCAGAAAAUGCAUUCUGUGCCAUUGAUAUACCAAUGAUACAUAAAGAAGAUCUUAUUCUGCAAUGGCUUUGUAAUAUGUGUCCCA